GUCAAACUCCAGCUCGUCAUCUUUGUUGUCCUCGAGUUCGUCUUCUUCUGACGAUGAGAGCCAUCGUCGAGGAUUCAAUGGAACUGGUACAGGAAUCAACAGAAUGCCAGGAAAGGAGAGUGCUCCCACAACUCGAGGACGCGCUACUCCCACGCGCAAGAAGAAUCGCCUGCUCCGAUUAGGGUUGAUGAUUCUGGAAAUCUUCUCUAUUCUUCUAACCGGCACAUUUCGACGGUGGGAAGCAUGUCCCUAGCCUCCGUCUCUUCUUCCACGACACGGUAGACGAUCUCGAUCCUCGUCUUGGGCACCUGCUUGACGACGGGAACCAUGUCGAUCUUCUCGUGCUACUCCAUGAGAACUCUGAUCAUGGGAACCAUCUGGGAGUCUCAUUUCGAACUUCAUACACGAACGCGAGUGGUAUGCGAGUUUUCUCUCACUCAGACGCAACGACCCAGUUCUGUACAGUCAUCCGCAGCCAGUGCAAGUUACAUUGAAUUGCACUGAAGUGCUCUUGCCGCCGGCGCCUCGGCGGCGUGAAUGAGCGACCCUUUAUAAGAUGAGGCCAGUGAUCUGGGACAGAAGCUGCAAGCGCUCCUCUUUCGACCUGGAGAAAUGCUGGAGGAGUUCUCACCAGAGUGCGUGACUGUCGCAGGGAACAAUUUGGGUGGUUUCGCGUGCUCGUUGCUCGUGGACCCAGCUUCAAAUCCUGGUCGGUUCUGCUUUCGGCACUUCCGCUGUCCGGAGAAUGGCAUACGCUGCCCGUCUUUGAGAUUGUAGGAAGCUGCUCGUCCCCGUGAACCGGCAGGACAAUGCUUGUCUCCUUCCAAAAACCUUUGUGUGAGUAUCGGUCCUGGUCAGAAAGGAAAUCAAAGGUUCACUGAGAUCAUCGUCCGUCUGGACACUGACUGCAAGAUCUCCAGCUUUAUGAAUACAUUCGUGGUCUCUAUCUCGCAAGUUUGACGUGGUAAAACUGUACUCAAGCUCAUGGAUGUUGGGGAUUGCUUCUUCAACCGGGUGCCUUCUCUUUGAGAUCUGGUGGUCGAUGUUGGAGCAUUCAUUACAGCUGACAGUUGUGUCGAAAGCUCAACUUCGCUGAUAGAAAUAAUAGGUUUUGAGUCAUCCUCCGCGAUAGGAAUCACCUCCUCCAGCGUAGCUUCAUUGAGCAGGCACUUCUCUCCUAUUUUUGUAGCCUCGUCAGAAACAUCUUCCUCUCGCAUGUUCUUGUUCAUUGCAAUUUAUGACGCACCUAUGUUCUCUUCUUGAUCGGAUGCUAUCUCUGCUUCAAGAGGUUCUUCGUUGUCUACUGCUGAAGGCCCACCUUCUUCUCCGGGAUACUUCAAAUUGGCAGCAGCUUUCAAAUCGUCAUCCAAUUCGCAAAUUUCUCUGAUUGCCAUCAUCAGAUCUACAGGACAGUUCUUCUGAUUGAGUCUGUUCUCCUAAGUACUCCUUUCUUUCGCCGUGGCAUUAUGGCCGUCCUUGAGCAUAGGCAGAAUAGAUGUACAAUCCAGUCGUACCCUAGCGCUUCGCAUUGAGUGAAAUAUCAGAUCUGUUCUACAGCACUGUAUGGGUGGGGUGGGAUGGCUUGUGUUCUCUGCCCCAUUUCCUGUGUACAAUUCCAAUCAAAAUUGACGUUCUGGUCCA